AUGUCACAAACUGGGGAAAGAGAAAUGGGAUUAUAUGAAGACGAUAGCAAAGAAAAUAAUGAAUGGAUUGAUAGACAUUGGUUCUAUAUAAGUAAUCAUAGCAAUUGCUCAACUCUUCCUGACGGAUUGCAACAUAUUUUUGCUAGACAUGAAAAAGAUUGGGGAUUUACCGAAAAUGACAAUUGGAAUAAUCAAAAUGGGGAGAAACUUCAGAGAACCCUUCGAGAGUUUAUUCACAGAAAGUGUGUUAUAAUUUACCGGGGAGAAGAUAAGGAUUAUGAGUUAUGGUCUGGAUGGAAACUAAGUAAUGAUCAAUACAGAUGUGUAACACAACCACCAUUCAGGUUAAAUGCAGCUGUACUUAUAGAUGAUGAGAACAUUUAUAGUGAUGAAGUAUAUAACCAAAUUGGUGACUUUUUUGGACUGGAUGAAAUAAAACCAGAAGAUAAUUACGAACUUGAUUACGAAAAAAUAAAGGAAAAGGCAAAAACUACUCUGAGGAUACUUGAAAAAUCAACAAUUUGA